GAGAGAGAGAGAGAGGGCAAGCGUAAAUACAGUUAUUUAGUCUGCUAAAGCAUUAGUGUAAUUCGAAUGAAUAAUUGCGGAGUACGCAAGAAUUGUCCUAUGUAUAAUAUUUUCAAUUGUUUAAAAUAAAAUGACAAAAAUAAUCGAUUUACGUCCCGAUAAAAAGCUUGUAAAUACAAAUUUUGAAAAAUAUCAAUUUUGUUCAGAUACCAUAUUAGGUAAACAAGAGAUAGAACUGCAAACCGAAAUCUUACGUAUUGAAUUGAGUGCAUCGCAAGAUUCUUGGUUAGAAGCCAGACAGUUUGCUUUUCACAAUCAUCUAUUUAAAAAUCCAUAUGACUCGACUUGUUGGUUUAUCGAUAAAGAUGGACAAAUUUGGAAAUUUAAGGGCAGUGAAUCAUUAGACCUAAUCUAUACGAGUAACAGCAUUAUUUCAAAAUCAUGCAAUUUUAAAUAUAAUCCAUCCAUUGCUUUUGCAUCAAAAAAUAUAUUUGCCAUUUGUAAUGGAGGAGGGAGUCUAGAAUUUUUAAUAGAAUAUAAAAAGGGCAUUCAAAAUUUUGUAUUUAAUAUCGAGCCAGCAAUCAUUUUAGAUGCAAGGUUUAUUAAAGAAAGCUCGGAAAUAAUUAUCGCUAUAUGUAUGAUAGAUGAGAGCGAAGGUAAAAAGUUUACGAAACUUAUUUUCCUAUUUUACAAUUACGAUGAGAAUACUAAUCAAACAGAUUCGAUUAUCAAGUUGAAUUAUAAACGUUCAAUGAAAGUGAAAGGACCAGUUGAAAAUGUCUAUAUUGAAGAAAAUGGAAAAUUCUGUCAUAUUAUUAGCCAAAAUCAGGUUGAAUUUGAGUAUGAUUCUACAAAGCUUGAUAAAAUUAAAGAUGAUUCUUCGCUUAACGACUCUCAAAUAAAAAUUCCACAAUACUGUUGGUCACAAGAUGAAGAUUCAAUUACCGUUUAUGUAAAAGUACCUGAAAAGUACAAUAAACUUGUAGCAAAAGUAGAUGUAACGUCAAAUAGUGUAUUAAUUGCGGUAGCUGAUAUAAUUCUAUUAAGUGGAGAAACUCCUAAUAGACUGGAGGCGCAGUUAACAACGUGGAGACAUAAAAAUGAUACUUUAGAGGUUGAAUUAUCUAAGUCCGAAAGUGGUUUAAUGUGGAGCGAAUUAAUGAAAGGUGAUACAGGAGGCGAAUAUUUAUCUAAUGAAGUAUUGGCUGCCGAAAUUCACUCGAGAUUUUCACAUUUAUGCUCAAAUCAACAAGAAGUAAAUGCUCAAGAUCAACCCGCUAUUGGUUUCAAUUCAGAGCAAUUAGAAGAAUGUGAUUUAAGUGGAUCAGAGAAUAUUCUGCAGAGAAUUAAUUUUGCUAAUCACAGCAUUACACACAUGGCUAUACUGGGCAGUAGUAAUAGAAUUUUGUUUAUAGAAAAGCAAUCAUCUGGACAAAUUAUAUGCUUGAGGCAUGAUCACGAUGGGUGUAUCUGGAUGAUGAAAGAAUCUAAUAACGAAGACUGGGAGCUAGAGCAUAUUCAUACUUUCCCAGGUUUUGGCUACGUCGAAGCUAGUAAAACAAAUAAAAAGUUUUGUGUUUCACCACCUGAUGGAUCUUUUAUAGCUGUAGUGGAGCAUACGAAGCAUGCCUUUUUAUAUGAAAAACCUGAAAAUAAUGCACAAAUUGGCAAACAAAGGAUAUUGGAUUUUGGGAGUGAAUCAUCACCAAUUUUAGGAGCUGUAACUAUAAAUAAAUAUUUGAUUAUUUUAACAAAGGAUGUAUUAUAUCAAUUGCAAAUUUAUUCAUAAUUUGUUGAAGUUCAUAAUUCUGUGUAAAUAAAGUUGUUUACAUAUCUCUGUAUUUAAAUUA